GACCGUGGAUUUUGAUUAGGGAAAAUCCACGGUCUUGCGCUCCAAUUCCGUGACCGGGGAUUUUAAAGGAGGAAACCGUGGGUUUCGGGACUACCACUAAUCGCUGACUGCCACUAGUGAGCAUCUGAACGCCGAGCUAGAAGAUUCUGUUCCUUUAGUGGACAUGGCCCCGGAUCCUGCAAGGCGCAUGCGUCUGGUGUUGGCGGAUGACUCUGACGAGGAUACCCCCCCAAUAUGAGCCUCCCAUGCAGGCCAUGCAACGUCCUGGCGUCCCGGCCAGCCACGAGCUCGUCCUUCCCAAGCCGGUGGCUGCUGCUUGCCUGCCUCGCCGUGAAAUAACUGUGAAGAAGGAGAAGCAUCAAGCGGACCACGCUCCUCCCUCAGCGAGGCAUGGGACUACCAAAAGUGCGCCUCGCCAAUCGAAGCCCAAGGGGGCGUCCAGUUCCAAGCUGCAAAAUAGUGGAAGAUGGAAGUUUUGCAGCCUACUAGAUCAUUGGCGAAGCCCACUACGGACUUGAAGGCAAUACAUGUCAGGUACAAUCACCUGAUGGAAGGUGUUCAUGUGAUGGAGCAAGGAUCGGGAGACCAGGAUGACCUCUUAUCUGAAGAGGACGAUCUCCAUUUCGAGCUGAAAAGCCGCCUCCCUCCUACCAUCUUGCUCGGAGAUCACCAUACCAGCUCGGGACGUGUUCGCCAAAUGGUCAAAGCAUUUGAAGUUGGCAUGACAAUUUUUGGAGUGGAAAAGGGUCAUGGGUCAGGCUUCGGCCAAGACCAUGAGUUUUUCGGUGCUGUGGAGGAGCUGCGUGGUGAUGAGCAAAAAAUGACACUGAAAUUAAACGAGUAUGGAUCGAAUUAAACGAGUAUGGAUCGAACAUUUCGGAUCCUAGGAGUGGUGGGAGGAAACGGACGCGAUAGGAGAUGGAUGGGGAGGUGGGUGAGCAUCCCACUCCUAAGAAACAAGUUGUGGAAGAGACGAAUGAAGAUGAAAAGGUGGAGGAAGCCAGCCUAGAAUUGCCCCAGGCGGAUAAAUGAAACUUUUAGCAUGGAAUGUGAGGGGAAUUGGACCAUCACUCACAUUCCAAACUACUGUAGGGUUAGUUCAUUCCAAAAAAUAGGAUCUUGUGUUUUUUUCAGAAACACGAUCAAGCCGGAGAGUUGUUUCCCGGAGAAUGCAGGGUUUGGGUUUUGAUUCUGCUCAUUGUUUUUUCGAAGAUGUCAUUAAUGCAUCUGGAGGUUUAGUUGUAGCUUGGUCCCCAGGAGUUGAUGCUUCGGUGUUUUCCAUUCAAGUUUAUGCAUUUGUGUUCAAAUUAAUGAAAGUGACUUUUCGUAUGUGGUGGUGUGUGUUUAUAUUAUUUGUAAUAUGGCAAUAAGAGCUACCCAAUUGGCUCAUCUUCGUUGUAUUUGCGAAGAAAUCCAUUUCCCCUUUGUGGUGAUUGGUGAUUUUAAUGUUACGUUACGUGCAAGUGAGAAGGAUGGCGGUAAUCCUUGAAAUGCAGCCCAAUCGGUUGACCUCCAUGCUUUCGUUCAUGACUUGGGACUCCAGAUCCUGGGUAUCAAGGUGAUCAAUUCACGUGGACUAACAAACGCAUGGGCGAUGCAUGUAUUCGUGAGCGAUUGGACAGAGCCCUUUCCUCCCAGUCAUGGGUUGACCGCUAUCCGGAGACCCUUGUAAAAAAUUUCACUGAUUAGGGGUCUGAUCACAGAGCUUUGCUCUUAUCUGAUCGACCGUAUAUCCGUGCCAGUCGCCCUCUGUUUCGCUUUGAUGCCCGAUGGGCGGAUAAUCUGGAGGUAAAGGCUAUGGUAAAUUAUGUUUGGCGGGAGUAGAUCCAUGGGACUCCAUUGUACCGGCUUUGGGAGAGGCUGAAAAAACUUCGUCAUUUGCUGUAUGAUUGGAGCAGGGCCGGUACUACUAAUUCCCUGUGGAAUAUUAGAACUCUCCAAGCUGAAAUUGAUCGCAUUAAAUUGGUUCAUCUGAUCAACUGGGAGGAGGUGAAGGUCUUAGAAGCUGAAUUGAUAAGACAAUGGGAGGUUGAGGAUGUCUACUGGCAACAAAAAUCAAGAGUGUGAUGGCUUAAUAUAGGGGAUCAGAACACUUCCUAUUUCCAUACAGUCACCCGGGCCCACAGAAGCAUAACUUUGUGUCUAGGCUUCGGAAUGAUAUUGGUGAAUGGGUCAUUGAUAAGAGAGAGAAGGUUGAUAUAGCCACUGGUUUCUAUCAAACUCUUUUCACUUCAGAGAACCAAGUGUCAAAUAUGGAAGCUCGGGUGGUGCACCUUCCGAUUGACAAGCGCGUGACGGAUGAAAUGAAUGCUAGCCUGCUGGCCGAAGUCAUCCCUGUGGAAAUCUGACAAACUGUCUUUUCCAUGGACUCGAAGCAGGCCCUGGGAUCAUAUGGGUUUACUGGGAAGUUUUUCAAGUCCUACUGGGAUAUUGUUGGCGAUUCUGUGAUAACUGCGGUCCGCUCAUUUUUUUUAUACAGGCAGACUCCUCUGGAGCUUUAAUCAUACUUGGUUAACGUUGAUUCCAAAGGUUGUUAAUGUGGAGAAUAUGAGGCAGCUAUGACCAAUCAGUCUCUGCCAAUUUGUGUAUAAGGUUAUAGUCAAGAUCAUGGCAGAACGUUUGGCUCAAUUUCUCCCACAAAUUAUUUCUGAUGGCCAGAAUGCUUUUAUUCGGGAGCGCCAGAUUGUCGAGAAUGUUCUCAUUGGGCACGAGUUAAUGCAUUAUUUGAAAAUCAAAAAUCGAGGGAAGAAAGGGUACAUGGCUCU